ACUCAUUUAAAUCAAAUAUGUGAAGAAGUCUUGGUACAGUUGGAUUUGACUGAGUUGCUGAAGCCAUACAGUAUUUAGGUGCUUAGAGAGUGUAUGGAUGGUUGUUGAGGCUGUCAUCUAUAGAAGUAUCCACAGAGAAAUGCCUCUGGAUCCACAACAUGGUUCUCUUGAAGGAAAGUGAUGAACUGUCUGUUUUUAUUGCAUCUUUGUUUCUGAGGAUUGUUAUCCCUGGAAAACUGCGGAUUGAGAUACUUGAGAGAAUUCUGAUUAUGCAUUUUAUGUCCAUCCAAUAUUGGGAAGUUCAAUUAUCAACAAGCUCCUGGUGUAGCAAUCUUAGAAAUGCUUUCACUUUUUAUGGUGAACUCCACCAUUUUCGUCCACAGAUAUUUGUUUUGGAUUGUGACUAGUAAUUUAUAGAGCUUGAAUUGACUUUUACUUGAUCUGGAUAAAUGGCAUCAUCAGUCACCUGAAGACGCUUCUUUGUAUCUGAAGGAAAGUGCGUAAUGUUUAAGUGAUUGUGAUGGUCAAGGCUGUCUAUGGUUUCUGAAAGAGGAUUCUUGACAGUGUUUUUGAUAGGCUGUGUUGUGGAUGCGGAUCUGUAGAAAUCUAUUUGAUGUGCUAUUCUUAUCUCACAGAGUCCAAAGGGUUCAUCUACUGCUAUGAAAGUGUCCCUGCUGUAAAAAGUGCAUGGACUUUUCAACUCUGAUCUGCUACAUAAUCAUGCUUUAUUGACCAAUAUCACAAUCUUAUAUAACAUACAUAGGUGUAUGUUCCCACAUUUAGAUGCCAAAAACAUAUUCGGAAAAUACUCAGUUUCAUUUGAUUAUGAUUUCACAAAGGUGAUUUUGCUUGUUCUGUAGUAGGGAGAACUUGAGACACCAACAGCAUGAUGUGCAAGUGAUUCAAGGAAGUGGCCUUGUCUUCUUUUGGCUGCAGGAGUGCAAAUUUUUGCAAUUAAUUCCAGACCGUUUGUUUUAUCGUGAUUAAUAAUAUUCACGAUUUUGUUCCUGCUUGGAAGGUUUUACUUUCAAGCUUAUUUUUUGUCGGACCCUUUUUACAAUUUGGUAGAACUAAGAGAGAACAUUGUUUGUUGUUGCUGGAAAAUAAGAGUGGGUACGUCUUCCAUGCUCUUAAGGAAAAAGAAGUAAAGGUUUCUUGAGAUGGAAUAAGUCCUUCCCUUUUUUUAUGAAGAGGCUGGUCAGACAUUAGUUCUGUUUCGUAUUUAUUAAACCCAUAGUGGUGACCAUUUCGUUACACAUCUCCAUUCCUGAAAAUUUAGGCUACACAAUAAUUUGAAUGUGUCUCCAAGGUACCUCAGGUGCUGUUCAUGUAAUAUCUGAAGCUACCUUUUGAAAUUUCUUUUUCAGACUAUGCCUCACCAGAGCUGUAUCUUUCAUGGGCACUGGGAAAAUAAUAUAUUGCUACUUACUACUAAGUUGAUGCGCUUGUUUAGUACUUAAAAGCUGUUGCUUGUAGUGUUUGGACUGAAAUAAGAAUUUACGGACUCCAGAAGAAUUUCAUUGGCCUCUUUAGAAUGCUCUGUGUUUAACUGGUCUGUUGAUACUUCAAUGAUUAUGUUUCUUUCUCAUGAGCCUCACCUUAUCCUCUGAGAGUUCUAUUGCCAGAGGUGCAGUUAAUAGUACUUCUGAUUAUCUGUGGCAAGCAUCCUGAGAGUCAGCAGUUUGUAUUAGUUAGAUUGAAGUUUGCAAAUGAGCAGUCUGUUUCUAACCUUAAUAAUUUCACCAAUGUGCAAAUGAAGGUUCUUCCAAGUUAAAGUUCAGUUCGCAGACAUAAUCUAAAUUAUCUCAGUUUCAGAUUGGCAAUGGUGUCAUUUAGUAACACACUACUGGCUGGUUCGACUGAUAUCUGUGCCAACUGUUUAGAAGAGAUGACAUAAUGGUCUGCAAAAAUAUGUUUGAAAUGUUUAUAGUAUCUGAACGAAGAUUUGUGAUGAGAAGAGAAUGCUACACAUGGAAUUUAAUCUGAUAAGUUUUAGAACAAGAUUUUGUUACAGGUGUCUUCUAGCCAGAUGCCCUUUUAUGUUUUCUUCUUUUAUCUGUAUGGUACUUGAUUGUGUUGCGAUGAGUUUGCCAUGCUACUGUUAACAGUAUGUUUUGCUGGCCAGUCUAAGAUUGAGGUUAAAUGGCUUAUUAGCAAUGACUGAGUAAAUUAACAGACUAUGAUGCUGAUGUUCAAAUGAAAAGUCCUCUUCUAGUUACUUCCAGAGGGAUUAGAUACAUGUUAGUGUGGGAUUUCAUCUGGUUUUGCUGGGAACGGCUUUGGGAAGAAUUAAGGCCAGAUGCAAUUUGGUUUAUAAAUGGAUGGAUGUCUAUUUGUCAAGGAUCUUUAAGAAGUCUUAUCCAUAGUAAAUCUGUCAUCCAUAGAAGUGCUUAGCAAGAAGCUUUCUUGAAGUAUUUUAUGGCUUUAAGUUCUUCAUUUCAAUUGAAAGGAAGAUGGAAUGCUUCUGAUUAUGGUGGAAAGAGAGACAGGGCGUCCUCGUGGAUUUGGGUUUUUGACAUUUUCAGACCACCGUGCAGUGGAAAAUGCUAUCAGGGAAAUGCAUGAUAGGGAAUUUGGUGAUCGUGUAAUCUCAGUGAACAAGGCUCAGCCAAGGAUGGGGGAGGAUCCAGUCCGUGGCUAUGGUGGAGGUUAUUCAACUGGUAGCAGGGGCAGCUAUGGGGGAGGAGAUAGGUCUUUAGGUCACGAUGAAUGCUUCAAGUGUGGGCGUCCAGGUCACUGGGCCCGUGAUUGCCCUUCAGCAGGUGGCGGUCGAGGAGGUGGUGGAUUCUCUUCUCGUUCUAGAUUCACAGGGCGUGGUGGCCGUGGGGACCGCUUUGGAGGAGAUCGUGAUCGAUACAUUGAUGACAGAUAUGACGGAGGGCACUAUGCAGAUAGGGACCGUUUUGACAGUAAAGAGAGAUAUGGUAGCCGUGAUCGCUAUGUCAGUGACAGAUAUCCAUCCAGCGGAGAGCGCUUUGUUGGCGACAGGUAUGUCAGUUCAGACCGUUAUCCUGAAAACGGGUAUGGCAAAGAUCGAAACUACGACAGGGAUGGUGGUAUGAGGGGCGGCGGUGGCAGGUAUGCAAGUGGAGGGUCGUCACGCUAUGAGGGAAGCUACAGGGAUAGGCCGGGUCCUUAUGACCGCCCUAGGAGGGGAGGCCGCCCAACUUCUUUUGAUCGAUAUUGAGUGCUUUCAGUAUUCUGCAGUUGUUGAACUUGUUGGAUGUUCUAUAUCUAUUUUCUUGGGUAGUUAGGUUAGAUGCAUUGCAACCUUGGCCAUGGGUGCUUCUCCUUAACUCUGUUCUAUGUUUUGAUAUUGCCAACUGCAAAUUGAGUCUGAUGGUGGAAGUACGUUGCUAUAUCUAUCUUGUUAUUUACUAA